AUGAGGUUAAGUUAUGGAGAGAAACAUUGGAUAGGGCAAGUUAUAUCAGUGCAUUAUGUAGACCAGUUAGCAAUCAAUUUGAAUUACUUGGUGGGUGUCCCAUCUCGUGAUGAAUUGGCUAGUAGAAAUGAUGAGGGUUCGACUUCAAUUCUCAAAGAUGAGAUAGCAAAUCAUCAAGAUAUUCCAUUCAUGCUGGUCAACAUAGAAGAAUCCAAAGAGUAUCUUGUUAAUGGUCAAAAAGCGGUUGUAACUAUUACCGGUAUCAAGUCUAAAAUAAAAGGUAUUCUUGCUACUGGGAAAGAUGGUAAUGGGAACACUGUUAACAUGAAUCUAAUCCAAAUGGAAUGUAUAAAGGCAUAUCCUAUCCGUGGUUAUCAUGCGGAAAAAAAGUUAUAUUUCUGUAUUAUUACACCCAAUAAAGAUCUAAGAUUCACUGCUCUCGAUAUCAUCUCAAGCUAUAAUUCAAAUGUUGAUCCCGAAUGUAAAAUAGAAACAGCUUCAGACGAUAUAAGCACAUAUUAUCGUAAAGUUGCAAGAGAGUAUAAGAUACCACUUUCUGGGUUGGGGAACUUCCCAGAAGCGAAAAAUGACACAUCCCAGGUUUUUACGAUUUGUAUGACUCUACACUGGAAAGACGACCUGAAACCACUAGAACAGAUAUGUCUUGUCAACGUUGAGACGGCACCAAACCCAGACUGGAUUACUAUUAAAUGUAGAAACCAAGCCAAUGUAUUAAAAGCUUUCGCUUUAUGCUGGAAAUCUUUUGCUCCAGACAUCCAGCUCAGUUUUAAUGACUCUGGUUAUAAUUGGCCCUUCAUCAUAGAAAAAGCCACCAAGUUAAAUGUUUUCGACUGGAUGGUCCAACAAAUGUCAGCAAUUCCAUAUAAGACUGCCAAUACUCAAUCUACUCUCACUUACAAUUAUUUUGGUGGAACUGGGGAGCCACUAAGUAGGUGUUACUUCCAUAGGGACCAAUGGGCGAAGAAAACGAACAGGAAUUUCAGAAAAACAGAAGGUCGCGAAUCUAUUAAUAUCAAAUUUGGUUCCAAUAGUUUGAGCUUCGAAUCAUCCUUUCUUAAGCUCCCCGGAUGUGUACCAAUCGAC